UCAACGUGCUACCCCUGAAUGGGGCCCUACUCGGCACAAAUCCGGAUUAACCGGAUUCCAAUGCGGAUAUCGAAAUCGAAUAAAAAAUAAAAAAAAGCUCUUCAACGCAAAUUAAAUUAAUAGCAAUACCGAUAGGCGCCUUUAAGGUGGCUGCUUGUACAUACUGUGUUUAAAUACUUCAUUUUUGUCUUUUUCAUUUAUGCAACAAUCUUUUUUGAAAAAUGAAAGCAAUUAACAAGCUCAAAUUCCCCCCAAAAAUUCCCAAAAUCAUAAAUCCAAAACCCCAUUACAACAAUUUUCAAGAACCCAAUUUCAUAUCACUAAUUCAUAAUUCCAAAAACACCCUUCAACUCCAACAAAUUCAUGCACAAAUUAUUCGCCAAAACUUGACAUCUAAUAGUAGAAUUAUUACUCAGUUAAUAUCUGCAGCUUGUUUAAACAAAUCAAUUAAUUAUGCUUUAUUGAUCUUUAAUUGUUUUCUUGAUAAAAAUUUGUACUUGUUUAAUGUGUUAAUUAGAGGGUUAAAGGAGAAUUCUUUAUUUGAAAAAUGCAUUUUUUAUUUCAAGAAAAUGGGUGGAAUGGGUGUUAGACCUGAUAGGUUAACUUAUCCAUUUGUGUUGAAAGCUGUGGGGGUGUUAGGGGAAAAGGGGUUGGGGGGUGGGGUACAUAGUGGGAUAGUGAAAAUGGGUUUUGAGUAUGAUGUGUUUGUGAGGGUUUGUUUGGUUGAAAUGUAUGUGAAAGUUGAGUUGGUUGAUUAUGCAUUGCAACUGUUUGAUGAAAGUCCUGAGAGAAAUAAAGUUGAGAGUGUGCUUUUGUGGAAUGUUGUGAUUAAUGGAUGUUGUAAGUUUGGACGGGUUAGUAAGGCGUUAGCGUUGUUUGAGGAAAUGCCGGAGAGGAAUAUAGGUUCUUGGAAUAGUUUGAUUAGUGGGUUGUUGAGGAAUGGGGAGGUGGAAAAAGCAAUGGAAGUUUUCGAUGGGAUGAUGACGGAUGAAAAGAAUGUGGUUACUUGGACUACUAUGAUUCAUGGGUUAACGCUAAAUGGGUUGCAUCAAAAGGGUCUGGAUUUGUUUUUUAAGAUGGUGGAUGAAGGUGUGAAGCCGAAUGGUUUAACUGUUGUAUCUGCACUUUCUGCUUGUGCGAGAACUGGGGCAUUGGAGGCAGGGAGGAAGAUUCGUGAUAGUAUUACGAACAGUGGGCUCCAUUUGAAUGUUGCGGUUGGUAAUGCUUUGCUGGAUAUGUAUGCGAAAUGUGGGUAUAUUGAGUCUGCCAGCCUGGUUUUUAGUGGAUUGAAGGAGAAGGAUAUUCGUACGUGGAGUAUAAUGAUAUGGGGUUGGGCAAUUCAUGGACAUGUAGAUAAAGCUCUCAGGUGUUUUGAACAAAUGAGAUCAACUGGAAUCAAACCUGAUGGAGUUUCUGUCCUUGCUGUUUUAACUGGAUGCUCUCAUGCUGGACGGGUGGAUCAGGGCCUUCAAAUCUUUGAUGGCAUGCGGCGUGAGUGGUCGAUUGAGCCCACAAUGAAACAUUAUGCUGUAGUAGUAGAUCUACUUGGCAGGGCUGGCCGAUUUGACGAGGCCUUGAAAUUUAUUGAAAAUAUGCCCUUGGAGCCAGAUUAUGUUAUUUGGGGUGCACUUUUUUCUGCUUGCAGAGCUCACAAGAACAUUGAAAUGGCAAAAGUUGCAUCGGAGAAGCUCUUACAGCUUGAGCCAAAGCAUGCUGGAGGUCAUGUGUUUCUGUCUAAUGUUUAUGCAGGAGCAGGGAGAUGGGAUGAUGUAGAAAGAGUUAGGAGUUCAAUGAAGAACAAAAAUGUUGAAAAGGAUCCUGGAUGGAGUUCGAUGGAGGUCGAUGGUCAGUUGCAUACAUUUGUUGCUGGCGAUAGUGCUCAUACACGUAAACACGAGAUAUACUCGAAAUUGGAGGAAAUUAUUAUGGGAGCUAAACAACUAGGUUACAUGCCUGAAACUGAGUGGGUGCUUCAUAACAUUGAUGAGGAAGAGAAGGAAGGGGCGUUGGGAAGUCAUAGUGAAAAGCUAGCACUUGCUUUUGGGCUCAUUAGUACUGGUCCUGGUGUGCUCCUUACGAUUGUGAAGAACCUUAGAGUGUGUGGGGAUUGCCAUUCUCUAAUGAAGUAUAUCAGCAAGAUGAGUCAAAGGGUGAUUGUUUUAAGAGAUAUAAAGAGAUUCCACCAUUUCAAAGACGGAGUUUGCUCCUGUAAAGAUUACUGGUGAACUUAUGAAAACGCUAAUUUUAGCGAAGACAUCACUCAAGUAGAUGCUGUCUGCAGAAUUUGCUUUGAUGAACUUGCGGAGGGUUCGGAAACUUUGAAGAUGGAGUGUAUAUGUAAAAAGUCCACAACUUUCAGAUAAUAGUUCUCUCCAUAAAGUGGACAAAAAUCUCCAUCUCCAUGUACAAAUCAAAAGCAAAUCUUCAUCUCCAUGCAUAUACAUCGACAUGCCGAAAUUUGGGUAGUUAUCUUUGGUCAACUACUUAAUCUUAUGUAACAGAAUCCAAGUGAUGGUAUCUAAAGAGAAUACAACUGAGACUCUGAGAGGACAUGGCGGAAGAGCCUUCUUUCCACUUUGUUGUAAUUCUUUUGGUUAACAAUUUCAAAGCUUUCUUCUAAUCCAUUUUCGUCAAUUUAACCAGUAAAAAUCCAAGAAAACUUAAUGCUUUAACUUAGACCACUGAUCAAUUAUAUGGCUUUGAGGGAAGGCACUGUCAAGAAUAAGUUGAAUAAGUUAAAGUAAGUGAAGUUACUUGAUCUGAAUUCAAGAAUGAAUUUCAACAUGGGUGUUCUCUCCGAAGAUACUACUUACGAGCUUUUAACUUCUUGGAUAUAAUUGUUCUUGAAUUUUGUGACAACUUCUGAUGAGGAUCGUUGCAUCAUACUAACAGAAGUAGCUACAGAGUUUCGAUUUCGAUUUCAGAGUUCUGAAGCUGGUAUAGAAAGCUGUUGAGAAGAUCAAGAGUCAUUGUCUAUAACAGAAAUGAAUUCAUAUUCAAGUUACGUAGAGACACUAUGAAGAAUCGGAAGCUGAGAUUAGAAGAAUGGCUCCGCCUAAUAGAAGAGAUGUUCGUGUGUUUCGAGGCUGGUGCUGUUGCUUUGUAGGUACAAUGGAAGUUCCUGAGUCAAGAAGUACUAGUACCCUUUUAUUAGCUUAUACACACGAGUUCAUGAGUAAAGCAUCUAGUACCCCCGAGCUAUGACCAAAUUAGUUACGACACACUUCAACUUCAUGAGGGUCCUAUUUUACCCCCUUGAACUAUAAUUUAGCGUAUUUUUGUCAAUCUUUUUAGCUGACGUGGCACCUAUUGUCAAUCUUUUUAGCUGAUGUUGCACCUUUGACGUCAGCACAAAUAUGCUAAAAUUGAGUUUCGGGAUGUACUGGAUGUUUAUCUCAUAUACUACAUAAAACAACUUUAUUUAUGAUUUUAGUGUUUUCUUUGUGAAGUAUUAA